AUGCAAGACCUCGACCUCCUCAUCCUCGGCGCCGGCUGGACCUCGACCUUCCUGAUCCCGCUCCUCAAAUCCCAAAACCUCACCUUCGCCGCCACGACGCGCGACGGCCGCAAAGUCGCCGGCGUCGAAACAAUCAAAUGGUCCUUCGACCCGGACGAGAAAAAAGACUCCACAACCACGACCAAAGAAAAGAGCCAAUUCGCCGCCCUCCCCUCCGCAAAACACAUCCUCAUAACCUUCCCCCUAACAGGCCCCGGCCAAUCCUCUCAACUCGUCCACGGCUACUCCAAAGCGCAGGGCAAAGGAAACCACGACGUGCGCUUCAUCCAGCUAGGAAGCACGGGGAUCUGGCAGAUCCCUCAGUCCUCCCUCUGGGUGGAUAGGAAAUCGCCCUACGAUACCACGAACAAACGCGCCGUCGCCGAAGACGAGCUCCUCACGUUAGGGGGCUGCGUGCUGAACCUCGCGGGCUUGCACGGCGGGGAGAGGGAUGCGCGGAAGUGGGUGGACCGCGUGGCGAAGACGAAGGAGGAUGUGAGGAAUAAGAAGAGCGUGCAUUUGAUCCAUGGGGUUGAUGUCGCGCGGGCGGUGGUGGCGGUUAUGGGCAAUUGGAUCUCGAGUCAGAGUCAGAGGUAUAUGCUUACGGAUGGGUUGGUGUAUGACUGGUGGACGUUGUUUGCUGGGUGGGCGGAGGGGGAUCGGGAAGAUGAGGAUCCGAGUAGGGAGCCGAGUGAGCAGGCGAAGUGGGUUUAUGAGUUGAUGACCGAGGAGAGGGUGCAGGCUUUGCCGAGGAGUAUGCAGACGUUGGGGCGGUGUUAUGAUAGUAGGGAUUUCUGGUCGACGUUCUCGCUUGCGCCGUUGAAAGCGCGCAUUUGA